AUGGCCAGAGACGGUAGAUCCCAGCCACCAGGUCUCGGUCUCCCUUGUUCCAUGAGCAAAUCGGAUCCUCCUGUACAGCCGAUGCAACACUCUUGUCUCGUCCAUCUGGACCAACUGGGAUUCAGAUUCGGGGUUGGUCAUCCUCUGGCAGGGCCAGAAGCAGCAGCAGAAAGACAGGAGGAUGGAACGAAGAAGCGAGAGGGAGAUGUUGGUUCCAACCAGCCAGCAGCCUCUCUGAUCUUCAAGGUCAUGGAUCAGUAUCUCGUUGCUUCUUCGCUUCUCAUCCCUCUAACUGGUGCUGCUGCUUGUGCCUCUUUCUUCGCCGUCCUGCGCCAUCCCCCGCCCCUUGCCUGCGUUAGCCAGAGACUGUUGGAGAGUUGGCUGGCUCCUAGGAGGUGGUGUCUCGUCCUCUCGUUCACCGUUUAG